GGAAAGUCUUUCAACUAGUUAUUUUUAUGAACGUUUUACUACGAUGUGACUGGUUUGACUUUUCAUCUGCUGACUCUGUCAAAUAACGCUCGCCUGAAACAUGCAGGGCCGUUGACUCAAAGUUAAAGGCGAGUGUAUUUUUUCAGCCUUUCCAGUGAAUUAUGGCCAAUUUCUCUAUUUUUCAGCCACAAAUCCAAUCUUUGAGUUCAGCGCUUCCUAAUUUGACCUUGGUUCUUCUCAUUUGCUUCUCUUUUUUGGGACUCGUGAUCUGUGGAGUCAUCGCUAAUGUUCAAGUCUGCCGCGUACUGGUUCGAGGUCGUCGCUUUAAAAAACACUUGUCAAACUUCAUGCUCUUUCACUUAUCGAUCACGGAUCUGAUCUAUCGUCUAGUUGUUAUUCCAGGGUUUGUAGCUGCAAAAUACUUCCCUGUGAGGAACAGGCACCAGAGCAUCACAAAACCAUUUCAACAUCUUCGCCGUAAACCCAAGUUUUUUCGUUGGAUUUUGGUUGUUUGGGGAUAUUCCACUGUUUGCGCAUUGCCACAGUUUUUCAACGAUGGAAUUGGUACUUUUACUUUUAAUCUUGCCGAUUAUUCCAACUCAACUUACGUUUUUCAGAUCUGCAUCACCACAAAAGACGGUGCCAAUAAAAAAAUAUUGGCAAUAUUUUAUUUUAUUUCAGGUUUUCUUGUGCCUCUAGUGUUAAUAAGUAGUGCCUACUCUAAAAUCGCACUCUUUCUUUGGAGAAAAAGUCGUGAUCGUGUAUUGAAUCAAGCCGCAUUUAAAUCAAGAAGAAGAGCGUUUCAAAUGCUUGUGCUGAUAGUUCUUGGUUUUGUGAUUUGCCUGGGAACGCCACAAUUAAAAGAACUGAUGGAGUCGUUAGGUGUUGUUCAGGUUAACGCAGCUGUCGCCAUCACUGUUUCGGUUUUUCAACUGUCGAGUUCCCUUAUCAAUCCAAUAAUUUACAGUCAUUACUCCUCUGAGUUUAAACAUGGGCUUAAAAACGGAAAAUAG